AUGGGAGCCACGGCCAGUGCUUCCGCCGUUCCCUUUUCCCAACUCCAGGAUCCCUCGUGCCCUUUAUGCAGGCCUCAAGGCCCUAAGGGCUCACAGGGGCCUCCUGUGCUUACGGCUACCCGGCGGAGCGCCCUCACCGAGAAAGGAAGAUGUUCUGGAAGGGCUGCACAAGGUAUCCCCCCCGCGUUUGCUGCACGGCUUUUGCGUGCUUUAGAAGAGGAGGACCCCAAGGGUUUGCUUUCGACGCUGAAGCAGAACAAGAGAGGCCCCUCUCAGGCAGAUGCCCUCGCUUUUGCUGGGGAUGCCGCGUGCCUGCACGUGCUUUUUGCUGCAAUGCAUCAGCAAUGGCCGCAGCAGACGACCCUACUAGAGAUCCUGUUCACACACGGCUGCAGUGUAGACUCUACAUGGCCGUCCGCCUCCUUCCGUCCGUCGGAAAGGGAGGGUCGGGCGGUCUCGUCACUGUCAUGCAACGCUGCUGCCGGUGAAGCGAAGGCCGCAGGGCCACCCAGGAGCUUCACACACCUCUGCGUACAGAGGCCAGCUUCUGCUCUUGCUUCUGACCACAGCACCAGGCUCUUCUGCUCGAGCAGCAGUGGGAUGUGGGGUAGGAGGGGCCCUGAUGGGCCUUCCUCUGGGGGGGCCCCCCGCCCUGCCGUUUUGCAGACUCCGAAGGCUGCGGGCUGCGGUUGGGGGCCUAUCUCCGACACGUGGUUCUUCUACAAUGGAAACGCCGCCGCGGGAGAGAGCAAGCAGCAGCAACAGUUGUUGCAUCAGUUAAAGAACUCCCCGCUCUUGCUCGUCGGUGAAGUGGGCCUUCUAUACUCCAGAAUCCCCGUUGUGCAUCACUUGAUUGCCGAGCUGACGCAGCAACCCAGGCGUCUCCUCGUGGCCGCCGCUGCUGCCAGCUCACCUGCAGUGCUGCAGCGGCUGCUGCAGCGCGGAGCGAAUCCCAACUAUAAGAGGCAUGGACUUUCUGCUCUAGGUGUUGCUGCUGCAUGUGGCAGCGCAGCGGAGGAGAAGGCUCGUCUCCUCCUCGCCUUUGGGGCAGCUCCCGAGGCCCCUAUUUCCUAUGUCCAUGCAGAGAACGAGGAAGCUGUUAGAACAGCAGUACAAGCAAAGGCGGCAAAACGGCUGGCGGCCUUCGGGCUCAAGUACUGCAUCAGAUUCAGCCUGCGCCAAGCAGCAGAAGCAGCUAAAGCCCAGGGGAACGGAGGCUUUGCAUCAAGUGCUUCGGGAGAGAUUCCAUCUGUGAGCGACCUUGAAGCAGCGGGAGCCGCUCUAAUGGCUCCCGUUGUUAUUGGUGUUGGAGAGGACUUGCCAGCCUUACUGCAGGCGGCGAUCAACCGGAACCUUGAACUGAUGCAGCUGCUGCUAGAGAACGGGGCGUCUCCAGAUGUUUUCGUGCUAUCUGCGGGACUUCCCUCUCCCCUCUUUUUCUCCGUCUUUUGGGGCAUCCUCCCCGCUGUGCGGCUGCUUCUCGCCUAUGGAGCGAAUCCCUUUAUUGCGAAGGAGGAUGGUGAGGGUCUGGAGGCGACGGCGCGCAGGGCCCUCCAGUUCUCGAUGCUGGACAAGCCGCGGCAUAUAAUGAAGCUUCCCCUCCCUAAGGCCUCUCCUGCUGUUUGCAGGCAGAUACUUGCACUCAUCGACACUGCGCAACGGCAUUGGGCCUCCUACGCCCUUGAGCACGCAGGCAAUGGAAGUAGGGGCUCUAUGACAACAGUGACAAAGGUCGCUGGGAGGGGCCUUCCAGCUGCUGUCAUGGGUCCAAAAGUCCCAGUGCUGUUGCGGUCCACAUGGGAAACGUCGGUAUGCGAGGGACCUCCCAACUCCCCCACUCUAGGGGAUUGCAUCGUGAAUAAGAAGGACAGAUGCGGAUUUAACAAUGGUGCAAACAGCACCAACAAGGGCGAUCCAUCUACCAGCAGCAGCAGCACGGGCGGCAACAGCGCUCGCUUGGAGGGUCCCCUUCGUUCUGUUACAGUAAAGGAAAUGGGCCUCGUACCACUGCCUCCAGUCUGCGGCCCCUCCGCGGGAUCUAACAGCACUCACUUCUCAGUAAAAAGCGAGGAUCUUGCCUCAAAAGUCCCUGAUGAAAAUGAUUGCCAGGGCGAUCCCCCAUACCGCCUACCCUCCGUGACUCAUCUCUUUGAGGACGUUCCUGGGAGCCCUAUUGGGCCAUUUGUUGACCCCUCCUCGCGAAAAGAAAAGCUAUUAAUCACAAAGACAGGGAAGGACGUUGUGGUGGAUGGGCUUUCGAAUACUGCUGCGGGGGGGGAUGCUGGGUGCCACCCCGACACCAAGAGCUGGCCAUGGGCCCCCACCCCUGCAGUGGAGGCUCUGCGAGGCCGGAUACGCACACCGCCUCCCUUUACAUCUUCUGUUUUGACUGCAUCCACGGAUUGUGUACCUGCCUCCCCUCCUGAUUCACAUAACACUGGUACUGCAGAAGCUUCUCCUAUAUAUGUGCGUCAGCAGCAGGGGCCCUCAGUUCCUGUCAAUAAGAGCCCUGCACCUCCUUGCAGUGCACUUCUUCCUCCUACCGGAAAACCACUGCGCAAGCCUCCUAAUGCCUCAGAGCUUGCCCCUCUUGAAGAGGACGCUUUUAAGCAAGCCCAUGGGAGAGUUCUCGUGUGCAGGAUCAAAGGGAAGGAGGUAUGUGUUAGUCUACUGGACACAGAAAGAGGUUAUUGA